UUUCAAUAACGAUUAGCGAGAGUCUUAACGGUGACAGCAAGAAAAGAAUCAAAACAAUAGCGGUUUACCACGAAGCGAAGAAACAAUAAAACCUUUGUUUCUUGAGUAGACACUCCAAUCUCCAGUCGUUUCAUUGGCUACAUUGAUGCGAAACGGAAACAAUUUCGCAUACGUUAAUUCAUCAUUAUUUUAUAUUUUGGUUUAUGGCGGUAUCCAUCACGAAUCUUCUUCGCAGGUCGUUAUGACGGACAAGUGAAGACUGCGUAUAAAUUUUCGCGUCAGGAUUCGAUAUGGCUGGUCCAAAGUCAUCUCUGACUUUCUCCUCACUCCAAAAGUACACACGGAAACGACAGCUGUAUGCAAAAAACGGAUUUUACAUCGCGAUUAAUGCAACUGGCGAGGUGACAGGGACUAGCGACGAAAGCUGUUUAAACGCCGUUUUGCAAUUUCUCUCUAUUGGGCCUGACCUCAUCGCCAUCUGGGGACUAAAGGCUAAAAAAUAUCUAGCCGUGGACAACAAGGGGAAGAUCUUUGCAACGGAAGCCGAGAGAAAGGAAUGUGUAUUUCGAGAGUUCUUCGGAAAAAACUUUUACAACAUUUUUCGCACGUGUCACUCAGACGCAGACGGUAAGGGUUGGUACCUGUCAGUGGACGAGAAUGGCAGAAUAAGCGCUGAGAAGGUUUCUUACAGUGAUGAGCCGAGACUUCAUUUCAUCGUUAAAACACUCAAGGAUCAAGAAGAGGAUGAAGUUGAGGACAAAGAUACUGUUGACAAGUUGAAAAGCCAAGAUGGCAGCAAGAGACGUGAUAAAAAAACCACUAAGGAUUUUGGGCUUCCCUCGUCUGAAAUCGUGUGGAUCAUGCAACAGCCUUACCAUUUUGAGGGCAGCACGUCAAGCACGCCCAGUCCCCCAAGCUCCUCGUGUGUUUCUGGCAGUUCGGCAUCUACUGGAGAGUGGACUGGAUCAGGCGACUAUUCCACCUCGGUGUGAUUAGCGCUCAUGAUAAGUACGGCGUGUUUCAUCAUCGAGAAGGGGAACAUUCAGUUGAAUGGGUAAAUGAGAGUGUGACUGCGCUUUGACUGGAAAAAUAGAUCGUCUCGAAGCACUAGUGUUUCGUCCCACAGAUGAUAUGUACGAAUAGGUGUAAAUUUGAUAUACCCUUGAACUGGACAAAGAAAAUAGUAUCUCGCGACCACAUUCCACCGGAAGCCCAUGUCACAGCGUUUAGUUGGUUCUGUCCUUUUCAAAUCCACAGUUAUUCUGAUAAUCAUCAAACCAUUUAAUCAAAGAUCUCCUUGCUAGCCUUUUACAUUGAGACUGGACUGCAUUGAAAAAAGUAAAAUUCCUACUCUGUUUUCAUCCGCGCUGAACUAUUUUAGAAGGUUUGAUCGCUCUAAAUAAGGCAGAAAAAGGCUAUCACUUAAAAGCUUAAUUUAACUGGAGAAUCAAUUCCUUUUCUUCGAUUAUUCACUAUCUUAAUAUAAAGUCCGCUAAAAGGAGCAGCAAAGCAGAAAGUUAUCCGUUGGCAAUAACUGAAAGAUUGGCAGCCUAUAAAAUAUUUAUAUAGUGUGUUUUUAAAAGAACCCUUAUAUUAUUUGAACAGAAUAUUGUAUUCAGAGGUAUAUUUUUAGCUCUAAAAUCAAAAGGAGUGUUCCAAUCCUCGUGAUGCAGUUAUAUGAAAAUAUAAUUAUUGUGAUUGACUUACAACUAACUGCGAUGUCUGAUAAACUGGUUUAGGAUAUCAAAUAGAACUGUACUCUGCCUUUAUUAGGCACCCCAAGCAGCCACGUUUCUUGCUGAACCAAAACAAAUAGUUAAUGGCACGGAACUGCCCGGCAAUGGGUCUAUGGUCGUAUGAAACAGGACCUCUCAUAACAGUCCCACAUUAGGUUGAUUACUUUGAUCCAGAGAGCCAAUGAUCUGUAUA